AUGGCUGGCCCAGCACGUCGGCUCGUGAGACCGACGCUCUUUAUCUGUGACCUGCAAGAGAAGUUCCGAGGAGCAAUUUACGAGUUCGCAAAGGUUGUAUCAACGACCCAGAAGCUCUUGAAAGCCAGUCAGAUCUUGGACAUACCUGUGAUUGCAACCACUCAAUUGCGAGGGAAACUGGGAGAGACAUGUCCCGAGCUAGGCCUAGACAGCGCCGACGGCGUCAAGACAAAGGUACACGCAGAUAAGAGUGCUUUCUCCAUGUGGACCCCCGAGGUGCAAAAGGCGUUCAAAGGACUCGGCAGCGAGAAGAGGGAGUGCAUCAUCGUGGGCAUUGAGUCGCAUAUCUGCGUCACUCAGACUACGCUCGACUUGUUGCGAGAGGGACAUAAGGUGUACGUGAUUGCCGAUGGGGUCUCCAGCUGUAAUCCGCAAGAGGUGCUCAUUGCGUUGAAUCGGUUGCGGGCUGAGGGGGCGGUGGUGACGAGCAGCGAGAGCUUUCUGUACGAAUGUAUGGGGGAUGCGGGGAUUACUGAGUUCAGGGAGAUGUCCAACCUCGUGAAGGAGUACAAUGCGAAGACGAAGGAGAACUUGCAGGCUUUGUGUAAGUUCUGA